UUGUUUAUACACAGUGGCAGUAAGGCUAGGAAGAGUGUAUUUGCAAUACUGUGCUUGUUUUGCACUGCUCGGCAGGUUAGUACCAUAUUGUUUCCAUUUUCCUUGUCUAUUACUUGAAUAUAUUACUAUUAGGAGGAUAAGGUCUCACCAGCUGUGUUUCAGCUUCAUUGUGCCUUAUUUUAGACUCUUUAAUGACAGUGACAUGUUUUUCAUGCAUUACAGUAAAACUACAGAAAUAGAACACAGUACACCUUUUGGGAUACAGUGUGUUGAAGGUGGUGCCUGUGAAAUCUUGUGGAGUUUUCAGUUCUUAUUUUUAGUUAUUUUUUUCAGAUGAACUCUUGUAUCAAAUAAGCCAUCGUUUAAAUUCCUUAAUACCAUAAGUGCAAAAAAGAAUGUAUUUUACUAUACUCAUGUCACUCUGCAGGGUUCUAAUACCUUGAUAAAUAGCUACCAUGUUUUCGGCUGAUGUGCUUCUAAAGUUAACUGCAGGAUAAAGUCCAUUCUAAAUGUCAUCCCUCACCCCCGCAUAACUCCUGGAAACUAUAGUUCAUAGAAGGCAUCUUUGAUAGCUGGGGCUCUGCAACAAAGUUAAGGUCUGAAGGUUAUAAUAAAGCCAGCAGCAGAGAUAGCAUUUGAAUCAGCCUUACUGUGUAUGUACAGCAUUCCAAGCCUGGUUGCAUCAGGCACCAGAGGGGGUGGCGCAUUGCUGGGAGACGUAUAAACACAGGGUGCCCUGAAAAGACAGCUUUGAAGUAGGAUGGGGCUCACAGCUGUCAUGAAUUAUGCCGAUCAGCUUUCUACAUUAGUUGUGUUUUAUUGUGGUUGGUUAUUGUGUGUGCAUGCGUGUUUGCCUAUAUGUUGGGAGCUUAACUUCUGUUUUUCUCCACCCCUACUCUCCCUCUGCAAUUUGCACAAUGACAGUCAAGUGUAUGAACAGGAAGUAGUGUGUGUGUACAAUGACUUCAUGCUCUCGUGAUUGAUGAAAGAUAGGGAACCUCUCUGCUCACUCAGAAAUGGUGUGGCAAUAUGCUGCAGUUUGAUACGCAGCAGGUUUACUAAAGCCAGAUAUAUCAGUAGCAGUUUGUAGAGAAGAAUCCUUUAGGUCAGUGUUUCUUAACCUGGUCCUCAGGGACCCCCAGACAGUCCACAGUUUCGCUCCCUCCUAGCUCCCUGCCAGACAGUCCACUUUUUUGCUCCCUGCCAGACAGUCCACUUUUUUGAACCAUCUGGGAGUCCCCAAGGACUGGGUUAAGAAACAUUGCUUUAGGUAAUGUUGUGGUUUGAAUAGACUGUAAGGUUGCUAUAAUGUUCAGGUGUAUAAUAAUGUGAGGUGAGAGACCUACCUAGCCCGUUCUGUACUGAUGCAGUCUCUGCUCCACCCAUGGUUCUAUACAUGCUCUAUUUGUUUUCAUAGAUCUUUUCAUUUAGUGCUUUGUUACAGUGUGCUGUGUAGGUAGUAUUUUUGUGAGAGUCCUAGCAGACUCACCCUUUCAGAAUCCAGAGUUGCAUCUUGUUACAUCACCUAAUGUUGUGUAAUAUGUAAGGUAAUAUAGAAUGACUUGCAUUGCCAACAUGAUUACACUCCUAAUCUGAUUAAAAAUGUCUGUUCUGUUUUUUUUGAGCUUAUUUUUUCCCACCAAUGUUUCACAAUGAGUCCUGAACCUGCAAGCAUGUCCCAGGACAAAGAUAAAAUCUCCUCAAACAAGACACUUAAAUUGGAGCGAAGUGAUGGAGGUAAAGAGAUGAAAGAGAAGGCUCCAAAGAGAAAGCUGUCCUUUACUGUUGGCACCAAUGGGGAGAGAGAUUCUGACUCAGAAAAGCAAGGUCCAGAACGGAAACGGAUUAGGAAGGAGUCUGCCAACAGCAGGAAAUCAGGCCUGCUCUUUGGAAUGGGCAUGCAAGGGCUUCGUGCUGGGUGCCCACUCUCAGAGCGCCAGCAGGUGGCUCUUCUCAUGCAGAUGACAGCCGAGGAAUCGGUGAACAGUCCAGACACCACACCAAAGCACCAGUCACAGUCAAGUCUGGGUCAGAAGGGAACACCAAACUCUGCCUCAAAAACCAAAGAUAAAGUGAACAAGCGCAAUGAGAGAGGGGAGACUCGGCUGCACCUGGCCGCCAUCCGGGGGGAGGCCUGGCGCGUUAAAGAGCUGAUCAGCGAGGGUGCCGAUGUGAACCUUAAAGACUUUGCAGGGUGGACUGCACUGCAUGAAGCAUGCACCAGGGGUUUCUAUGAUGUGGCCAAGCAGCUGCUGGCAGCCGGAGCAGAGGUCAACACAAAGGGUCUGGACGACGAUACCCCUCUGCAUGACGCAUCCAACAAUGGGCACUUCAAGGUGGUAAAGUUACUAUUGCGAUAUGGAGGGGAUCCUCGCCAAAUGAACCGGCGGGGUGAAACACCAUUGAAAGUAGCCUACUCACCAUCUAUGCUGAAUCUUCUACUUGGAAAAAGCGCUUAUACUUCAAGCGAGGAAAGUUCUUCAGAUUCCUCAGAAGAGGAAGAUGCUCCAUCUUUUGCUCCAUCCAGCUCUAUUGAUGGCAAUAACACAGAUUCAGAGUUUGAGAAGGGCCUGAAAUUGAAAGGGAAAAAUAUUGAGCCACCUAAAUCAACAGCCAUGCCUAUCAAGGAUGAGUAUGAGUUUGAUGAGGAUGAUGAUGAAGAACGGGUUCCUCCUGUCGAUGACAAGCACCUACUCAAGAAAGAAUUCCGCAAAGACUCCAUAAGCAAAGGCAGCAGCUUCAUUUCAAUUCCUAAAAUAGAAGUUAAAACCUAUUCCAAAAGAACUUCUCUGACACCAAAGAAGACAGCAAGGCGAAACCAGUCAGAUACAAGUAGCUCAGACGAAGAUGACCAAACCAUGUGCUUCUCCCAAACACCAUCAGUGCGGCAAAUAGUCCCAGAAAAUAACAUCAAGAACAGGGAGUCUGAUACUUUGGCCUCCAAGCAACAGAAAGAAAAGAAUAAAGUAAAAAAGAAGAGGAAGAAGGAUUCAAAAAGUAACACUAAGGAAGUCCGGUUUGGCAAGAUGAAUGAUAAGUUCUGCACAUCUGAAUCAGAUAGCGGAGACUUGGAAAGUGAGGAUGAUAAGGGCUCUGUACAGAGUUCUAACUGUGCGAAGGACUCUUCUGCUAUGAACCUGAAAGAAUCAUCUCUUUUGAAUUCCCUUUCUGCCACCUCUUCAUCUUCUCAUGGGAGUAUGAGCUCUCAAAAGUUGACUCAGUCAUUCGUGGAACAACAUCCAAAACAGUGGAGGACAGAGGAAUGGAAAAGCGUAUCCUCAUCUGCUUGGUCUGAUGACAGCUCAUUCUCAGAAUCCCUCCAGACCAGACUGUCCAGUGAAUCUGAUUAUUCAUCAACAGAUUCAAGUAUAGAGUCUCCCAAACAGGUAAAAAAGAAGAUGCAUGAGAUGCGUAAGAAGAAUAAUAUGCACUGUAACACUUUGGAAAAGAAGGCCUCCUUAGACUUUCAAAAGAACUUGGAUGGAACUGUGUCCAAGGCAGACAAAGAGGGUAAAGUGUUAAAAAAGCACAAAGUAAAACAUAAACACAAAAAUAAAGAGAAGGAAAAGGCUCCAAGCUUGGUCCUUAACCAAGAUAUGAAUGAAAAAUUUGUGAAGAGUUUUUCUUUUGACUUCGAUGACUCACGACAAAAAUCACUUACUGUGGAAACAGAGACAUCCAUAGAGAGCAAAGUCAAGCUUACCAAGCACACCAAAGAUCAUUUUAAAAAGGAAGACAGAUAUUACAAAAGCAGAUCUGAGGACAAGGAUUGGACUCCUGCACAAGAAGUAGGCAAGCCUGUAAGAGAGGAGAAGUCCAAAAAGAAGGAUUCCACUAAAGAGAAGUCAAGUAAGGAGGAUAAAGAUAAAACAUUCAAGUCUGAUAAGGAUAGGAGUGUCAAGGACAAGUCCAAAGACGAGAAGCAGAAACCCCACAAAGAUGAGAAAAAGAAAAGGCCAAAGUCAUCUAAAUCAGAUAAAAAGAAUGAAAAAGAGGGGAAAUUUGUUAGAAUAGAAAAAGGAAAAAAUUCAAAGGAGGACAAAGAAAAAACUAAAAAGGAGAGGGCAUCCAAGGAGGAGCUUCCUUACGAGGACUAUGAUAUUAAGAACCGUUUUUUAGAUCUAGACAGUAGUAAGCUUAGCGGCUCAGAUGACCACUAUGACCAGUGGAUGACAGACCUUUCUUCUGAAUCUUCUGUCUAUGAAGAAGAUAGUUGGGACAUGCCGGUGAAGGAAUACAAGGAGUGUAAAGCAAACAACUCUGUUAAGUUGAUUGUAGAGACUGUAAAGGAUGACAGUCGAGACCGAAGGAAAGAGAGUAAGAUAAAAGACAGAAGAACUGAGCACCUUGAAAGACAUGAGAAAGAAGUUGCAUCCAAAAAAAGGGAGAAAGACUCAGACAAAGUGAGUGAGAAGAAACAGGAGAUGGCAGACAAACAGAGACCAAACAACAGUUAUUUGGAAAAAGAGAAAAAGAAGAAAGAUUCGGUGGAAAAUGUGAAAGAGAAAAGGGAGAAAGAUGCUGUUGACAGCAUCAGGGAAAGAAAAGAUUCUCAUGAAUUUACGAAGGAGAGAAAAGACUCAAAAACGAAACAAGACGACAUUUUAAUAGAAGACUAUGGGAGUGAAAUUUAUUUCAAAGAUAAAGCUGAGAAUGAGGCUGUUAGCAAACUGUCAGAACCCAGAGAGAGAAAUCACUCUGGAAAAGAUAAGGAGAAAAAAGGAGAGGGUUGGGAAAAGGAGAAGAAAGACAAAUCUAAAAGUGAGAAACACAAAGAGAAGCCUAAAGAAAAAGUCAUUGUGGACCCAGAAAAGGAGAAAAUGGACAAAUGUUCCUCUGAUAGAUCGGCUAAAGAUGUAGAUAGGGGGUUAAAAGAUAAACACAAAGAUUGCCAUAAUAAAGAAAAAGAGCGGAAAGUAGAACAAAUUAAAGACAGGCAUUCUGAUAAAGACUUUCUGGAGUUUAAAAAAGAAGAUAAAAAACCUGACAAGGUUAGGGAAAAGACCUGGUUUUCCAAAAUUGCCGACAUCUUCACAGAUGAGAGUGAGAAUGAGGAGGAUGUUUGCAGUGGCAGAGCCGUUAAGUUUAGCAAUUCUCUAAAUCGGUUCGACUGUCACCGCAAGGAUCCUACACCUGACAGAGAUGUGAUGGACCUCUCCCAAACCGAAAAACACUCAAAGUUCUCUGCAGAAGAAAAAUCGUUCUCCGUAGAAAAACAAAAAGAGAAGGAUUAUAAAGAUAAGAAAAAGGAUAAAAGCUUCUUUGAUUUUGGGAGAAAGUCAUCUUUGGAUGUACUUAAAGAAAGAAAAGACAAAGAUGCCCUAGACUGUAAGCAUAAGGAUCGCAAGGACAGAGGAUCUUUUGACUCAAAUCAAGAGAAGAAGAACAAGCAAAAACUGUCGGAGAAGAGGCAUUUGAGUGAGGAGAAACCCAAAAAUAAAUAUAAAGACAAGUUAGACAAAGAACACAUAAAAGAUAAGAAGACCUCCAAAGCAAAUGGUGAAAAUGAGAAAUCACUGUUGGAGAAGCUGGAAGAGGAGGCAUUGAAUGACUACAAAGAUGACUCCAAUGAUAGAAUCAGUGAAUUGUCAUCAGAUAGCUUCACAGACAGAGGGCGUGAGCCAGAACUUAACCUGUAUGAAUCCUCCAGCAUCAGCUUACAGGACAUAACUGAAGAUAGGAGAGACUUGCUAUCAUUAUCCUAUCCUCAAGAUAAAUUUAAAGAAAAGGAGAGGCAUAGGCACUCAUCUUCAUCAUCAUCCAAAAAGAUUCAUGAAAAGGUGAAAAAGGAGAGGACCGAAAAACGAGAAAAGUUUGAUGAAGUUAAAGAUUCAUACAGGCGCAGAGAGAGUUUGCCUUUUGAAAAGGAGUCAAUGCCUUUGGAGGCAGACCCAUUUACAUUUUCCAUUGGAGCUAAACCUGAUGGCGAGGAUCAUUUAGAAAAAUCUCUAGAGUUUGAAAAAGAGAUGUCUAAAAAAUGUGAUAAAGGCAACAGUACCAUCAUCAGCGACAAAAUGAAAGAGAAAAAGAAGAAAGACAGACUUAAGGAUAAAGUGAAAGAAGAGAAACACAAAUAUGUGGAUGGUGUGGUUUCUAUUAAACACUCUAAGGAUGAUCUGAAAUCUGGGCUUAAGGAGAGCAUUCAACUGACUAGUUUGAAUGAAAAGUCUAAAGUAGAGGCUGGGAGGUUUGACAUGAAAAACAAAGACAGAUCUAAAGAAAUUCAAGAAAAAGAUUGUAGAAUUGAUUAUGUUAAGCCUAAGCCAAAGGAAGAGAAUAAUGACAAGAUAAAUCAAUCUAGAGAUGCAACUCGAAAUUCAAACCGUCCACGUGAAAAGCUUCUUGUUGAUGGGGACCUCAGAUUGACAAGCUUCGGGAAGAUGCUAAGCCAGAAGGACCAAGAAAUUGAAGAGCGUCAUAAAAGGCAUAAGGAAAGAAUGAAGCAGAUCGAGAAGUUGAGACACAAGUCCGUAGAUGCAAAACUAAAAGAUAAAGCUAAAUCAAGUGAGGACCUAAGGAAAAACCGCAUUGAUCUGUCUUCUAAAAAAAUUAGUCCUUUGGAGUCUUUGUUAAAAGAAAAGAAGAAAGAUGUGGACCCUCAAGCUCAAAUGAUGUCUCCUGAUAGAAAAUCACAGCCUGUCGAAAGUCAGAGUUCAAAAAACUGGCUGGCAGGACAUCUUAUGAAGGAGAAUCUUCCAGCUUCUCCAAGGCCAGAUCAAAGCAGGCCAACUGGUGUUCCCACACCCACUUCAGUUAUCUCUUGUCCCAGCUAUGAAGAAAUUAUGCACACUCCACGUACUCCAACAUGCAGUGCAGAUGAUUACCCAGAUCUCUUGUUUGAUAACAUAGACUCAUCUACCAUGAGUAAUUCCAUUAAGACCUACUCCCCGUCCUUAGUUGACAGGUGCUCCAGUGCAUCACACACCCUUCAGGAAAGCAUCUCCAUAUCUCCCAUAAAGAAUGUUCAGAUGCCUAUUCUCAGCCGGUCAGCGUCUGUAGAUCUCAGGAGAUCUUUGGAUGAGGAAUUCAGACGAGAACCUGAGAAGUUCCUUAGGCAGCAGAGCAUCCCUGCUACUUCUGAAUUCAAGUCAUCAGACUUACUUUCAGUAGAAGAUAAAUCACCGGAUAAACCUGAAUGUUUUUUCCCUCACAUUGGAAUGCAUUCUCCCGGGCUUGAACCAGCCCAGCCAAUAUUGGAUAAUGCUUCAGUUGCAAUCAUUGGCCCAGAUGGCAAUGAUCACCUUCCAGAAAGUUUCUCCGACAAUUUUUUGUUGAAGCCCUCAACUCCUAUUCACAGACCUGACCUUCAAGAGCCAUGUUUGCAUAUCGCUGCCUCUCCUGCUCCGGCUGCUGCGGCUUUACCACCUAUGGAUAUUGAUGAACUGUCAGAGCCAUAUCAUCCACUGGCUUUGUCACCACAGUGUGAGCCUAACCUUCAUCCCACUGAUCCCUGUAAUAGAACUUACUUCCUAACACAAGUUGUGGAAGACAAAGUUGCUGAUGAUGAUGAUGCUGAUGAUGUUUCUGAUGAAAAAGAAGUGGAGAGAAAGAAUGACCCGGUGCAGCUAUCAAAAAGUAAUACUCAGCAGGAGUCAGAGCAUAUGAGAGAAAACCAGUCUUGUGCUCCUUGUCUAGCAGAACCUGUAAAGAAGGGCUGGGUUGACUCUUCAGAAAAGAGUUCAGAGUAUGCGGUUUCACUUAUUCCCCCUCAACAUCAAAUAAGCCUUUUGGAAAACUCCAGUGAUCACUCCAUCAGCUGGACAGUGAAUUCUGAUAUGACCAAUAAAUCUCCUCAAAGGCCUUUUUUGGAAUUGUCAUCAGCCUCAAACAUAUUACCCUUCUCACAUUCAGGUGACAACCUGCAACAGCAUCUCUCACAUUCAUUGUCCUCUCUGUCAUCAUCCAUCUUGUCCUACUCUACAUUUCCUGCACCUUACUGCCCAACCCAAGUUUCAGUGUCGGUUUAUGAGAAAAAUAAAGAUACUGUAGAUAAAGUUCUCAUUUCCUCAAAGCCACCAGAUGAAUGCAAAUCAGACCUGAUUUCCUCCUCCCCACAACUAGAAUCAUUUUUUACUGACUGCAUAACAUCCCAUGAAGAAAAUCAGAGCCAGGAGAAUUGCUUUAAUAUGGACAGCUCUCCAACCUCUCACAAUUUCAUUGCUGGAAAUAGUAUGGCCCCUUCAGUGACCCAUAAGCCAGUGGUUUCUUGGGCAGACUCAUUUAGUACUGCUGAAGAAGAUUUAGGUGACCUAGUACCCUUCCCUAUGCCACAGUUGCCUUUACAAGACAAAGAAGUUCAAGAACCUUUCAUACUGAGGCCUAAGAUGCAUGACUACAGAGACUCUCUUGCUUAUAUUGCAUCUCUAGCUAAUGAGGAGAAAGAGGACUUGAGUACAAUGAGGUUGAAUGUACCUGACCUGCCUGAAGCCCCUUGCAGCCCUGGUGAUGUCCCACUCAAUGAUUCUGGACAAAAUACUGUCACACCUUUAGAGAAUGAAACCAGAACAGACCAAGCCCCUGAGGCUGAUUCUAUUAAUGUAAUGUCAGACAGCAUAGAAGUGUUUGCGCUCGAUCAGAAAGAGAAUUUGAAGUUAGUAAUUGCAGAUAAGCAUGUAGUGGAACCUGUGCCAAUUCAACAAUCUGCCAUGGAAAUGUCAGCUACAUCCUCUGACCAUGAGACCUCUGAAAACCCAAGCAACCAAGAACAGACUAGAACUGUGGAGAUUACUCGGUGUAAUCCUUUGCCUUCUGCUCCUGUGAUAUCAACAGACACCGAGGAAAAUACAGCUCAUGAGUCAACUCUGCUUGAGCCUGCUAUCCCAAUGGUAACAGUGGAGGCUCUCAAGAAGCUAGAAGAAAUUCCACAAAUAAUAACAAGGAAUCGAGCUCAGAUACUAGCUAAUCAAGGCAAAUUGAGUACUAGUAUGACAUCAUCCAUGGCAGUUCAAAGCACCAUCAAUGCCACAUCUGUCCCUAACGUCUUGGAAAAGGAGAAAGAGACUAUCAGUAAGCUCACCCCCACCACUCCCACAACCUUGAGCAAAAGCAAAGGCCGAUCUGUGGAUGAAGAGGAUGCCCAGGUGCAGCAUCCACGCAAACGGAAGUUUCCCAAGUCUAGUCAGCAACAAGUGCAGGUCCAGCUGAUCAGCACAACUAUGCAGCAGACAAGGGAGAUGAUUCAGCAAACACUAGCUGUGAUCAUCAAUGCCAUCAAGUUGGAUGACAUUGAGCCCUACCAAAGUGACCGGUCCAACCCCUACUUUGAGUAUUUGCAAAUUCGGAAGAAGAUUGAGGAGAAAAGGAAAAUCCUGUGCUAUAUCACUCCACAGGCACCUCAGUGCUAUGCUGAGUACGUGACCUACACAGGCUCCUACCUGCUGGAUGGAAAGCCUCUCAGCAAGCUACACAUCCCUGUGAUUGCACCACCUCCUUCUUUGUCGGAGCCUUUGAAAGAGCUCUUCAGACAGCAGGAGGCAGUGAGAGGAAAGCUAAGACUUCAGCACAGUAUAGAGCGGGAGAAGCUGAUUGUGGCUUGUGAGCAGGAAGUGCUGCGUGUUCACUGCAGAGCUGCAAGGACAAUCGCAAACCAGGCUGUUCCCUUCAGUGCCUGCACCAUGCUGUUGGAUUCAGAGGUCUACAACAUGCCUUCUGAGAGUCAGGGAGAUGAGAACAAGUCCGUGAGAGAUCGUUUCAACACUCGCCAGUUCAUUUCCUGGAUUCAGGAUGUGGGUGACAAAUAUGACCGUAUGAAGACCUGUGUACUAAUGCGGCAGCAGCACGAGGCAGCUGCCCUCAACGCCGUGCAGAGGAUGGAGUGGCAGCUCAAGGUGCAGGAGCUGGACCCUGCCGGACACAAGGGGCUCUGUGUCAGUGAGGUCCCCUCCUUUUACGUGCCAAUGGUCGACGUCAAUGAUGACUUUGUACUGCUGCCGACGUGACAGGAGUGUUCACAGAACUGUCAAAUGUCACCAUUAAAAAAGACAUCAGACUAAGCAUCUGGUAAGGGCUAGCCAGUCGGAAAGGAACCUCUUCUCAAAAUGUGUUGUAUAUAUGAUGAAAACAAACUUUCUAAUAAUUUCCUUCCAUAAAAGGAGGAUGACUUUUUUAAUGGGGAAGAAAUGCACUUUUACCCUACAAGUUUUUAUGUUUUUUUUUUGUUCCAAGAAGGCAAUAUGGAUUUGCCUGGGGGUAUAGCCCUGAUGUUUGAUUCUAUUUUUUUAUACAUACAUACACACACACAUACAUUUUUUUUAUAUGUGUGUGUGUGUGUAUUGUGUUUGUAUGUAUGUAUGUAUGUAUGUAUGUAUGUGUGUGUGUGUGUGUGUGUGUGUGUGUGUAUAUAUAUAUAUAUAUAUAUAUAUAUAUAUAUAUAUACAUAUAUAUUUGGAAAGUAACAUUUUGUUUUUGAAAUGAAGAUCUGAGGCUCAUUAAGGAAGCAGAACUAUACAUGGCACAAAAUGCACAGAAGGACCUUUGAAUUGCUCUUCAGAGGGCAAGGUGCAGGGGCAGAAAAUUGAGAGCGGCUCAGUAUAAAGGUGGAACCUUGGCAGGGUCCCUCCACAGACGGCACUAACCCAUCUAGCCAACAAGGGGGCCAUGCUGACCGAAGGACUGCAUUGGACUGCAUUGUGCUGGUCCUUAUUCUACAUGUUGCACCGUCUAAGGAGAGGCAAAGAAAUCUGACAUGGGUGUUCGCCAGCAAGCAGGUUGUCAGUCUCUGCUGUCACACUGGGUUUUCACACCUGUUCACUGCAAACAACCACAGAUUGUCGAGGCAAAGACUGAGAUAUUUUUUUUUUGUCUACUUCUUUCCUUGGGCAUUUCAUUGUUUCUCUUUCCGAGAAAGUGACUUCAAACACUAUAGAGCCAAUAUUAGUUUAAAGAAAAAAAGAUUUUUUAAAAAAAGUAUCAUAUAAUUUCUGUACAGUUUUGUAUGUACCAAUGUAUUCUUGCUGCCUUCAGAAUAAUUUAUUUUGCCAUUCAUUACUGCACAGUUGUAAAUAACUUGUGUACUGUAACAUCACACACAGUUAAAUGUAAUAAAGCGUUUUUAUAUAUACAGUUCAUUUUAGGCAGCACUUUCCCUAAACAAUGGGCCAAAAUACGUUCAUAUUUUUAGUAUUUCAAGGAGCCAUCCAGUUCCUUGGUGUUCUGGUCACAGCUAGUUAGAGAACCGGUCAGAUCAAGUCAGAACCAGUUAUAACGUGACAUCUUAUUCUUUAUGACAGGAAAAAUAUCAGAAAUCCCCUUUUCCCCUUCCUUUCCAGCAGUUCUUACUCUGUAAUAUAAGCCGUUUCAGUCCUAUGAUGUAGCAGAAUGGUUAUUAAAUUAUUUUAAGUAAUGGUAAUUUUAUUUUACACUUACUUUCUACAAAACUAAUUAAAAAGAAAAUUAAAACCAAGAAAAUGCCUUUUACAGUCUGAUUAAUUUGCUUUAUCAUUGUGCAAGUAAAAAAUUAAGGUAAGCACAGGACAUUUCACAUUUCAGUUAUGUAGUAUAAAUAUUGUCAUAUUAGAAAUCCAAUUAACAUGACAUCGAUAUGCUGUGUGUUACAACCAAACAUUUCUAAUUUUAAAUUGUGCAAUGAGCAUAGGCUAUAUGGUGUAUGUUGAAUUUUACUAUUACUAAGAUGUUGUAUGAACCUUGUUUUUGUCUGUUGGUUUAGGUAUGGUGACUGCCUCUCUUUCCCUGAGAAGUAAGAUUUACAACAUAUGGCCAAUUAAAGUUUCACCUGAAGUUUCAGAUAUACAGGGUAUUGAGGUUUCAGUAAAAAGGUGCUACUUUUCUGUUAGUUCAUUUUAUUUAUAAAAUAACAGCUGUAUUGGAAACCAAUUUUAUGAACAACUUUGUAUUUUCUGCUGGCUAACUUGAAUUGAUUCUUACAUAUUGUUUUGCUGUUUUUGUUUGAGUUAAAACUUUAAGAAAUGCAAUGGCCUAAUCAGGUAUACCUGAAACACAGACAUCCUGAAACUCUCCAGCCCCCAAAAUGCUUGCACUAUCAAUAGAUUCCAUUAUGUUCUGUCAAACAGAACACAGUAAAGUCAUUGAAGCACAAGUGUAAGUGAUCACAUGAUGGAACAUGCAGGAGGAAGUACUGUAUGAGUGCUGCAACACUGCUCAGCCAAUCAGCUGUAGGUAUCUAUGUGUAGUAAGUGCUAGACCUGAAUGUAUUUCUGGCCUUGGUGCUCUUUGCAUUUCCAGGCAUUUCUGUUGUUCAUCUUAUUUGAAUAAAUACAUUAAAACUUUUCCAAAGGCUUAUGAUUUGUUAAACUGAACUUUUAUAGGCAAUACGCACACAAGCUUAGUUAUGCCUCAAGCUAAUUGACUGGGUAUAUCCAUUGCUAAUUGUUCUCAGUGGAAGAGAAGGCCAGUCCACCUGUAAGUUUUCUUAUAAUUGUUUGCCUUCAGAAUUGUACCUUGUAUGAUUUUAAGCAUAAAAAAACUAUAAUUAGUCCUUAGAUUUUCCAGAAUGUUAAAUGUUCUUUAAAUGGAUUUAUUUUUCCUGUUAUUUUGUGUAUUUGUAUUGUUACAUGGUACAUGGUGUUCAUCAUGCUUAGUUGCAUGUUGUACUGUUAGACCCAGUUUGGGAUGUUAUGUAAACAUUGUCAGACUAUUUUUCUAUGCAGGUGCACAGUGUUCUCACACAUGCUUAAGAGAAUGGGGAAAGAAUGAUUGCCAGCAUCAUAUGAUGUUACUCAUUUUUAUUUUUUGCGUAUUUACAGCCUUGUGGCUUGGCACUGUGACAUGUUAGAUAUAAUGUUAAUGUCCCAACACUUAACCAUUUUGAGCUGCAGUGUAUUUUUGUCAUAUGUAAAUUCUUGCAUCUACAUUCAGUGAGGAAUUUAGUGUGAAUAACACACUAAUGCUACAUGUCGCCCUGUGAGUUGAGUAAAAUAGGUGAGCGAUGAGCAAACACCUAUAAAUCCCCCCAGCCUUUAAUAAAAAUCAGUUGGUUGUUUCUAUACAUAAACACAUGCAUAUUCUUAUCCAAUCCAGCAAAAAGUUUCACUUAGCUACCAGUAUUUUAUACACUCACUGGAUGAUUAGCAUGAUUUUACAUAUUCUUUUAAAUACCAAAAUAUACACACCAAAAUUAGAGCGUGCAUUUUCCUGUUUGCUUUCUGUUCCUGUUAUGUCUUGAGUUAUUGUCCAGAUUUGGAUGUUGUGUUUUGUACAAAGCAUUAAGAGUUGUAGCAUGUUAACAGUGCUUAUCAACAGAAUGUAUGUUACCCCUAUGUCCUACAUCCUUUUUGUGUCUCUCUCAAUUAUUUGUUUCUUUUUUGUUUUGUUUUUAGGCCUGCCUUUUAUUACUAGACCGUUUCACUAACAAAGGCUUGAAAUUGUGAAGACCAGCCAUCAGUAGCUCUGUUAAUCAUGUUGCUGGGAAUAUAUGGAGUUGAUAAAGGCAUGACUGAGCUUUUAAAGCCUGCAUGUAUAAUUAAAUAAUAAAAUGCUGGUUAUGUUACAUUCAGGGCCUCUCAGCCACUUCCUGCUUUCAUUUAUAUCUUAAAGAAUAUAUAAGCUGCUUAGUUAUUCAGGGUUAAUGGUUUCUGAGAAGGUUUAAUGUGACCUCACUGUUUAACAUCCAACUACUUACCAAUGAGAUGGACAAUUCCCAUUUCUCCUCAGUCCGCAACAUCUUACCUCCUUCCUGACAGUGUGAUUCGUUAGUUUUAAAUAAUGGGAUUUCCAUUGGACAUUGCCACAACUUCAAGCCUUUUUUUGUCCCCCGUUUAACCCCUUGAAACCGGACUGUCGCUGUGCUAGACAAAAUAAAUGACAAUGCAUGGACAAGUACUCAAACUGGUGAAAAAUAAGAUAUUUAUCUGACACCUUUUUCUGACACCUGUGACAUAAUGGAAUCAAAGUCUCAGCUGUGUAAAUUUUCCUCUUGUAAUGCGUAAGGAGACAUUGUACAUAGUUGUUAAUACCUCCUCUUUAUACUAGUUUAAACCUGCGUGGAAUGUGGGGAUCUAAUGGAGAUGAGGAAAGGGCUCGCUGCCCCUCAUGUAACGAUGUAAUUUUUGUACAGUGUACUUGAACUGUGUACAUAGCUGGAGCAGCUGAAGGGGGGAGGGGCUGUUUGUCAAUUGUUGUCAGUACUGUCAACACAUUCAGUGUUGUCACUAGCUGUAUAUAUUCUCUGCAAAAAAGCAAGGAAAAAGAACUAAUUAAAUAUAAUUUGUUAUUUUCUACAGUUGCAUGUACAGAGAGCGCAAGAAAUUCUGUUGUCCCUCAGAGAUUAUGUUCAUAAAUAAAAUUUUAAAAAUAUC